GGGCUGCGUGAGCUUUAUCCAAGUGCAGACCCCCACAAUUCCAUUCCCAUUAUGGUAAACGUGGUGUUCCCCUUGAAGAAGAGAACGAUCCAAGCGUACAGAAAGGCAUUGAUGUUUAUCGACGGUGCAUUGAAUGUGGCUAUCGAAUCCGAGAGACAGAUGUUAAAGCAAUCGCAGCAAAAGCUUGGAACGGAGAUAGUCGACUUCGUUCUUGACGAGUUAAACACAGAUCCUGGUGCCGCCCAUACAAACGGAACUGGUAUCGAGCCUUCAGGCAGUGAUUGGAUACGACGUAUGCUUUUCCCUGUAGAAUCGGACGGCAAGGUACAGACGAAGCUCCGUAAAGUGCCUCAACGAGCACUCUUCGACUCCCAGAUCAACUACGAGCAAGCACAUGCUGUCAACUCAGCAUGCAUCAAUGAUUAUGGCUGCCUUCCGUACCUGAUCUCAGGACCACCUGGAACCGGAAAGACGAAAACUAUUGUGGAGACAGCAAUGCAGUUGCUGAACUGCCAUAUUACAGAUCACAUCCUCAUUUGUGCGCCUUCGGAGUCGGCUGCCGAUACUCUCGCGCUGCGACUAAAAGAGUACCUGAGUACCACCGAACUCCUGAGACUCAAUGGCCCCUGGCGCGCUGACAACGAAGUUGCGCCAGCGCUUAUGCAGCACACAUACAUGGAGGCCGACAUGUUUGCGCUGCCCCCAUUCAAGCAGUUCAUGGCCUACAACGUUGUGGUCACCUCCUGUCGAGACGCCGCCAUUCUGGUGGAAGCGCGCCUGACAAACACUGACCUGUGGACUGUGGAGAAGAACUUUUUGGAAGCCUUCAAAUGCACCAAUGCCACUCCCACCUCUGCCCUCCACUGGGGUGCCCUCCUUAUCGACGAAGCCGCCCAAGGCACCGAGCUCGACUUCCUCCCCGCCCUCACCGCCAUCUGCCCACCGCCCUCCUACACCACCAGCCACCCGCAGCCGCUCUUCAUCCUCGCUGGCGACGAGAAACAACUCGGCCCCCAAACCUCUUCCCACGACCCUUCCGUCUCACAAUCUCUCUUUGCCCGCCUCUUCAGCCGGCCCAUCUACAAGAACCACCCUCUCUCCCGUACGAACACCAAGCCUUCGACGGGACCCCCUGCGAUGCGCAAAUCCAUGCUCCCCCUUCUCUACCCGCCCUUCACAAACCUCACCCGCAACUACCGCAGCCACCCCGCCAUCCUCAGCGUCCCAUCCAACCUCUUCUAUGCCGACACCCUCAUCCCCGAAGCCCCGACCCCCUCAACACCCCUACAGUCCUCUCGCCUCUGGCGCGGCGCAAAGUGGCCCGUCGUCUUCAUCCCGCACGCCUACGUCGAAGAACUCGAGCGCGACAACGGCGGGUGGUACAACGACGGCGAAGCGCGCAUAGCGUGCGACGUCGCCGCGCACCUCAUCACGCACGACAGCGUGGCGCAGCCCGACAUCGCCAUCAUCUCGCCGUUCGCCGCGCAGGUGAAGCGCAUACGCUCGCUCAUCCGCUCUCCCGACUUCGGGUUCUGGGACGUCAACAUCGGCCCGCUGGAGGCGUUCCAGGGCCUCGAGAAGCGCGUCGUCAUCAUCGCGACCACGCGCACGCGCGGGAAGCAUUUUGUCGAGCGCGACGUGGAGCGCGGACUCGGUCUCAUUCACCAGCCGCGGAAGAUGAACGUUGCACUGACGCGGGCUAAGGAGGGGUUGAUUGUGCUGGGGAGUGCAUCGGCGUUGGCGAAGGACUACUACUGGAAGGAGUUUCUUGCGUUUUGUUGGCGGAACGGGUUGGUUAAGGAUGAUAGCGGGUGGUGGGAGAGUUUCUUUCUCUGUUAUGAGGAUCGGAAGAAUGCGAGGGUGGGCGUGUUGGAGAAAGCGUUAUUGGCGAAAGGGGGUAGAGAUGGUAAUGGUGGUGCAGGCAGGGUACUGGGUGGGAAGUCAGCUGGCCUGGAGCAUGAAUACGACGGAGGCUACGAGGCUUGGGUUGACAGCUUGAGGGAGGCAAUGAAUGAAGAAGAGGAUGGGCUCCAGGCUGUUGAGAACGACGAAUCCGAGGUGGAGGAAGAGGAUGAGCAUUUUUCCGAAAAGGAAAAGAAUAAGCAUGACGAAAAGACGGUAAAGAUGGAGGAUACCGCGUAA